UUGAAAUACUUUGAAUAUAUUUAUCUAACCUAUAAAAAAAUAUUGUAUAAGUUUAGGUUCAUAGGGAAAAUCAAAUAUUUUAAUUAAAACAGUGGUCUAUAACUAAUUAUUUACUUACUAGGUAUGAUUUUCAGAUUCCACAAGUGUGUGAACAGAUUUCAUAAAUUGGUGUCUAUAUCUAAAACCAAAGAGAUGAAUCUUAAUAAGUGUUAUUUUAGAUAUGUACAAGAAGAAGAGAGAAUUGAUAUAUCUUUUUUAUAUAAAAUUAAAGAUUCUGUUAGACAAUUCAAUUUUAGUAGAAAACCAACAGAGACACUGGAAACUCUAUUAAAUAGAAUUGGGACGAACAUUAAUAAAGCAAUAAAAAAGGGAAACAAAAAGAAUAGUGACAAUAAUUACGAUUUAGAAAUUAUGAUGCUAGAUGCUAAGGACAACGCUAUAGCAUCUAAUUCUACAUGUAAGGAUUUGUUUUCUACCCAAACUCCAAUUAAAAUAAAAAUUCAUAACAACAUUUAUGAAGCAGUUUUCAAUGUACCUUGGGUAGUUAGUUUAAAUUUACCACUAAGUAUUCUGGCUGGGUUUCCGGUUUAUCCUGAACAAUUUGUGCUUCAGUAUGCUGAGAAAAGUCAAAGUAAAUAUGAAUGGUUCAAGGGACUCUCAAUUAAUGAAAAAGGCAAUGAAAUUAUUGAAAGUCAUAUAAAAUGGGAACUGGUUGGAGAAGGCUUUACUUAUUCACCAACAAAUGAUGAUGUAGGAAGGAAGCUUAAAGUGGAAUGCACACCAAGCAAUGGCGAAAUCAGUGGACCCACAAUUGCUGCAAUUUCUAAGAAUUUAGUUGAAGCUGGUCCUGGUAUUUGUCCCUUUGAAACAAGGCACAAAUAUACAUCAACACAGCUGAAAGAUAAAAGUUUUCGCUGUGUCAGCUACAAUAUUCUAGCUGAUUUGUAUUGUGAUUCUGACUUUACAAGAAGUGUGUUGCAUCCUUAUUGUCCUCCAUAUGCUCUGCACAUUGACUACAGGAAGCAAUUAAUUAUAAAGGAGUUGUUAGGUUACAAUGCAGAUAUAAUUUGUCUACAGGAAGUGGAUAGGAAAAUAUUUAACCACUGUCUUAGUCCACUUUUAGAGUGUCAUGGUUUCAAAGGACGGUUCUACAGAAAGGGAAAGGAAGUGGCCGAGGGAUUAGCUUGUUACUAUAAUGCAGAAAGAUUUGAGUUUAUUGAAGAGGAAAAAAUUGUAUUAUCAGAAGCAAUCAAAAGUAAAUCAUGUUUGCAACCAAUUUGGGAAAAAAUAAAAGACAAUGGCCCUCUUAUCGAGAGAUUAUUAAAUAGAUCCACGGUGGCUAGUGUGACGUUCUUUAAAUCACUUGAAAAUCCUGAUGAAAUACUACUUGUUGGUAAUACGCAUUUGUAUUUUCAUCCUGAUGCCGAUCACAUAAGACUUAUACAAGGCGGAAUUUGUAUUUACUGGCUGGCAGAUGUUCGCAAUAGUUUAUUAAGACAGUUUCCAGGUAAAAGGAUCUCUCUAAUUUUAUGCGGUGAUUUCAAUAGUGUCCCUACUUGCGGAAUAUUUCAAUUGUAUACCGCAGGAGAGGCACCAAGUUCUCUACCGGAUUGGAAAUCAAAUGAAAAGGAAGCUGUUCAAGAUUUAUGCCUAACGCAAGAGAUACCUUUGAGUAGUGCUUGCGGGACUCCACCGUUUACUAACUUCACUGCUGGUUUUGCGGAUUGCUUAGAUUACAUAUUCUACGACAAGUCAACAUUGGAAGUGCAGCAGGUUGUACCAUUUCCCAGUGAAGAAGAAUUGAGAGCAAAUAUAGCUUUACCAAGCGUAGUGUUCCCAUCAGAUCAUAUAGCCUUGAUAUCAGAUUUACGAUUUGUAUAAAAAAUAAAUACUUAGCAUAAAUAAUUUUAAAAUUAAGUUUUUUGCGUUAGACAUCAAAUUAAAAAAAAAUCAAAAUUUUUAUUCAU